GCGCCCGUCGCGCCGGCCUGGUUGCCAUGGUUUCCCGGGGGAAGGUGUGGGCCUAGCGCAGUGUUGUGAGCCUGGCCUGAGAAUCAUGGCCAAAUUUGAGAGGCGGGAAUCGGGAGGGCCGCAGGCCUGGUCGGAGCUGCUGAAAGACAUCCUGGGAGAGUUCGAGCGCUGUGUCGGGAAGGUGAGAGAGAAUGUAUUGAAAUGCUCAUCCAUGGCACAGGCUGGCUGCAUCAAUACACCUAUUAUUGGCAGCAUGGGUGGAAAGGCUCUAUGGCAUAUGGCCAAGUCAGGGCUCCUCAAACUGCUGAACUACAACUCCCAUGAUUCUCUGGCUAUCUAUGUAAUGCAAAGCAUCAUGGGAGUUGUAGUUCAGCAACAUCUGGAGGGCCACAGUUUGAGGACCCCUGGGCCAAGUUAUGUAAAAAAAAAAACAAAAAAAAAACCCCAAUAAUAUUUAGCUUUUUUUUGUGAUUUUAUAAAAAAUUUUUAACCCAAAUGCCAGACACGAUUUGCUUUCCAUGGGUUCAUUCAGUAAACCGUGAUUUGCAAACAGAAUUGCAUAAUUUAGGCCUAAAAUGAUUGGUUUGGCAAGAAUUCUACAGUUACAGCCCGGCUGGUUUUUACCACCUUUUUGCCAUUUUUAUUUUUUUUUGGUUUUUAGUUUGUUACCAUUUGCAGUUUGGUAAAUUAAACCCCUGGUGUGUGAACGCACGCUCACUCUGAGAUGUACGUGUGUGGAUAACAAAGAAGUGAAAUACAAGAAGAUGCCAUGUAUGAAAGGUGUCUGCAUCAAAACCCAUCUGUGGAAGAUCUCACCAGAGCGUGGGAUCCUCAACAAAUCUUAUUAUUUAUAGGGUACAAGCGACUGUUGCACAUCCUGCAAAAAUAUGGCUUUUCCUUUUAGCCGUAGCGAGGUACAAGUGGAAGGCCAUUAUAGCUCAGCCCUUUGGCAGAAUUUAAUAUGUAUUAUUCCAGUGUAGUUUUCACAUUGUGUUUUUUUUUUCAUACUAAAUUCUAAUCUCAAACAUGGGUGUUCCACUUUAAAAUUGACCACACAAAUGUGAAAAUGAAAUCCUAGAUUUGAAGCCUUGAGUGGAUAGUAAGCAUUGUUUUAGAUCCCGUCUUCAUCUCGUUAAAAUGCUGUGUACCUGUAAAGACAUAUUGAUUUGAAGAUGCACUUUCACUUGUGGUCAUUUAUUUUUUGGACAAGACAGAAUGUCCUGGCAACCUGUCUGUGCGACAGGUGGUAUCUGGGGGAAAGGAGUAAGGGAAACGAGUUUACCGAAUAUUUGUCUUCCGUGGGAUCCUCUAUAGAUAUGCCUGUGCAUGUGCAAUGAAGUGCUAUAGGCAAUCUGUUUUUGCUUUGUUCAACCUUUUGCCAUAUUUGAGUGAAAUGCUUUAUACAGGAGAGAAAGUAGUCCUUACUUUGCCUUGUAAUAUCUUUUAAUAAUUGGAAUGUCAGUGAAAUUACAGUGCAACAUGUAUGAGAUUUUCAUAGACUCUUUUAUUAAAAAAGAUGUGACCGUGCCACAUUGACUGAACUCGUGCUGCACUACACUAUGUUUGCAAAUGAUCUUUUAAACUAUCUUUUUGAUGUCUAUGCGGAUGACAUUGAUAAUACUUAUAUCCUUUUGCUCUAUUUACUCUGCCCCUGUUUCCUAUCUCAAGUUAUUUUUAAAGAAUUAAUACAAUUACAGAUAAAGAGAUCCAAACACUAGUGGGGUUAUAUAUAUUUAAUAUUCCUCUCCGGUCAAUAAUACAUAUUUACCUGUUAAAAGCUCUCAUCACUACUGAAUGCAUUAGCAGUAAUAAAAAUCCGGGUUCUGUGGGAGAUCCGGCAAGACUAUGGGAUUCUCAGUUAAUCUACCUUCCUAUGUAUGUGCAAUAAGAUUGUGAAGAAGAUGGCUUCUCUCAACCAUUGCAAGCUAAAAAUUACAGGAUGUGGCUGUGCAAAUACUGCCUACUGUCACAAACAGGUACAUAUUAAUGACAUCAGUUCUCCCCCUGUUCAGAUAGAAUUCAUUGGCUGAGAUAAUCGGCUGACACACUCAGCUAAUGAAUUCCUUUCAAAUAGGGACAAAAUUGUUAUGUCUAAUGCAAAUGGGAAACUUCACUUUAGGUAUAUCACUAGAGGAGGCCGGACCUUUGGCACCAUGACAACUCCAGCACGUUUUGAUGCUCUGUGCUAUGCCAUAUUCAUAUGUAGAACUUGGCUCACUUACCCUGACUCACACUGAAAAAGUUAACUUCUGCAACACGUUUAAAAUGUGUCAUGUGCCUAUCAAAGCAACCAUACAAAAUGAGUGCUUCUAUAGGAGAAUAUAAAAUGUGUAACGAAAUUGUCACUUUUUCUCUCUCUCUUAUUUUAAGCUUACAUUGAACAAUGAUGCUGUGAAUUUUAGCAUUAACUGGGAAAACCUUCAGGGCCGGCAGGAUUUGAAGCCAUCAAUCCUUUGCUCUGCUCUUCAACAGCACAUCACAGAUUUGCAAGUAAGAUCCAUUCUCACUCUAAUUGUACUGUUCUUUUCCAAAAUGAAUUAUUCACUUAAACAUCAUAUUAAAAAAUAAAAUUGCAAACGUCAGCCUGAAGCAGUCAUGUGUGACUCUACCAGAGUUGAAUGUUUCAUCCAAGUCUGCUAUUUUGGCCUUAUAUUUGCAAUAUUUUGACAUUCAUAAUUACAUUUUAAAAGUGUGUGUUUCAUAAUGUAAAAGAUUACCAAGUACAUGAACAACUAUGUAUGACUUUCUAAGGGUUUAGAAAAAUAAGCUUUGGCAACUAAAGGGUGACGUUGUAGAACAUUAGUAGGGUUUAAAAGGACAGCCUAAAUUCUCAUAUUAACAACUAUACAUGAAUAACUAUGCUGUUUAUUUGCAAUGCUCCCUUAUAAUGGUAUAUAUUGUCAAUGUACUGUAUUAUGUUCAUUAAUGGCUAGCAGGACAUACUGUAUAUAGAGCACAGUGCUGUGAACUUGGGGGGCACUCUAUGUAUCAUAACUACAUGAGCUCAUUGUAGUAGUUAUGAUGCAAAGAUUAUGUGGGUGCCAUCGCAGUGGUCUAAGUUAAACAAUUUCCAGCAUGUUAUACUUACAGCCAGAUAUGUAAGAAAAUGAAAGACUGACAGAAAUAGGGUGGGUUAGCCAAGCCCGCCUAGCCUAUCAUUACAUCCUGCAUCAGCAAAGCAUCGCAGAGAGACUGAGAUCUGUGCAUCGGGACCGCCAUAGUUUUAGUUAUAGUGCUUAGAGUUCCUCAUUUAUUCCCAUUUAGCAUGUCUAUCUGCAUGAUUAACACAGAUAACAUACUCUGGUGAGUACAAAAGAGUAUUGUCACUUUUAGUUUAUUUUCACUUAACUCUUAUCUGGGUAUUUGUUAUUGUAGUAAAUGAACCAGCAAAUACCAUUCAUCUUGUUUUCAUUACCACAGAAAUCCUAAAUCUGCAGUGAUGUUACAACUGCAAAGGAUUCUGGGUGGGUAUAUGCAAAUUAGUUUAACAAAGAUAACAAAUGUGCUUAGGGGUCGAAAUGUCGAUUUGUUUGGAGAUUUUUUUUUGCACAUGUAAAUUUGCAUGUAAAAUAAAAUAAGCACAUUUGAAGACCUGUGAGUGCACCUUAUGUUCAUAUUAUUUAUAUAUAUAUAUAUAUAUAUAUAUAUAUAUAUAUAAAAUUAUAACCCUCUAAUCACAUAUGCUAUAUUGGUGACAGUUGGUCUUUUAAAUCACCCAGCUAUGGCUACCAUAUUCUGUAAAUCCCAUGCAUAUGCACCAUCAAUCAUUUUCCCAGGAUUUCCUGCACAUAUGCUAAUUUUACAUACAGGCAUUGUGGGAGAUUUGGAAUUUGCAAAACAUGUCCCAUGACUGGCAGUCAUUAACAUCCCUCUAACCAGUGCAUAACAGGCUGCUGCCCAUGUUUCAAACCGUUAAAUGGGCCAGCUCAGUAGAAUACUUGGGAAAUACAGCUACCCAGGAUGGGACAUAAACAUGCAUCAAAACCCAAAUCUUCUUAAGGGACAUUCCACUGCCCAAAUGCAAAAUAAAUAAAAAUCACUGUUUAGUACAUAUACCCCAAAUGAAAACUUGCAUGCAUGGAAUUAUUUCAUUUUUUCAUUGAGCUGUAUCUAAAAACAGCUUGCAAAAGUUGCUGUUUCGCCUUUGCAAUCCCUCCUCUUCUAACUUCACUCAGACUUAAUUUGGUUGUCCAAUCACUGAUUUCCUAAUGCAACUCACUGAGAAGUCUUUGCACGGCAGGUGCUCUAUUGCUGCCUCUUAAGUUUAGCUCCACUGAGCUAAGCAAACCAGGACGUAACAGGACCUGUUGUCUGCUUGAAAGCCGAUGGGGUGUAAUUAAGUUAAUUUAUAAAUGUUGUCAUAAAUUACUUUAAGGGUCUGAAGUGUCCCUUUAACUAAAUUACUCUGGUGAUUACAACUCUGCAGAGUAACCUAAAGUAAUAUUUACUAACCUAAAGUAAUAUAUACUAAAAAUUGUUUCAUUAUUUUUCCUUUUACUACACUUUAAUUUUAUUUUGUUGUGGUUUGCAGUACAGAACGUAUAAUUUUUUCCCCCAUCCUCCAUCAGCCACUUGUAGAUAAAUUAAAAACCCUUGUGGAUGUGGAAAGUAAGAAGACUGCUGAAGUGGAAACCAUAGGAGAGCUAUCCCUCGAAUCCAGUGCUAUGGACCAUAAAUCCGAAAGUUUGGAGAGCUCUGGAAAGACCAUGUCAAAACCUAGUCCAAUUAAUAUAAACAGCAGCAGUUUAUCUGAUCCUUCAGUCGUCCAGAUAAAGGCAAAAAAAUCAGAAGUAAGUUCUAGUAUUCAACAGUAAUUUUAACAAAAUGAAAUUUUUCUUAUCCUAUUUUGGAAAAUAAACAGUCCAGCAUAAUAAUGUUAUCUCUAUGAUUUUUGUAUGGAGAGAGCACAGAAUCAGGAAUAGAUCAUCCACCGAGAUUCCCAUAAAAAUAAUCAUUACUAUAUGUCUGAUGGUGUUAGAUUGCUAGCCAUCUACUCUACUCAAUGAGUUAAUCUGAGUAUAGAAAUCAGUUGAUAGUCUCUGCACGUUUCCCAGGAUUCCCUGCACAUAUGCUAAUUUCCCCAAGAGAGGUUUCUUCAUGGAAGCAGGCUAGGAUUUAAAGAAGUUCUGACACUAAUGGAGGCUGCGCCUCCUUUCAAAAUCCCACUCCGAGGUGACAGGUCCACUUGAAUGUUGGUGACCACAGAAACAAUUUCUAGUGCAAUCCUUUACCAUAUUUUCCUAAAAGUCGUCUUUUAAAAGAGACAAAGUAGUCCCUACCGUCUUAUGAUCUCAUCUGACUUAAUUAGAAUCUCACUGCUUUUCCAAUGCAGUAUUAAGUGACAUUGGUCACCUCAAAACAUAUUUUUUUUAAAUGCUAAUCCUUUCAUCAAGUACUGAAAGGAAAUAGAUUGUAUUUUAACUGAAGUAUAUGUAAAAGAAAUGAUAAAAGCUCAUUGCUACCUUUUUAAAUAUGACAUGGUGCUUCAGCCAUAUACAAGCACCCUGAGCCAGACAGUGUUUGAAAACCGACAGACUCUAUGAUCUUUCCUGGUUCACGCUUUGCACAUAGGCAGGGAGGACCAUAGAGACUGUCUUCUUCUGACUGCUCCUCUUUGGACCUUUUACUCUGUGGCCACGCACUCUUGCACAUAGAUGUAUAAGUAGGACUGUGUAUGCAUGCAUGUACAAGUGUCUAACUAUGUAUGCAUUUGUGAAGGUGUAGGAGUGUGAUUGUUGGUAUGUAUAAUAGUUUCUGAGUAUAUGUUUUAGAGUGAGUGUGAUCCUAUGACAUUUUUGAGGAUGUAUAACAGGGGGAACAAUAUGGAGAUAUAGUAUGGUGUGUAUGUAUUCUUGUAUGAGGGCCCACUUGUGUGUGUUUGUAUAAAAGUAGUGACAACACACUUUUUUUUUUUAUAUUUGGACUAAUGAACACUAGCCAUUCAUGACACGGAAGAGUAUUGAGAGUUUGUGUGCAGGUCUUAUUUCUGUUUUUCGUGUUUUUAUUUGCUUUUGUAUUACACGUAAUGUUAUAGUCCUGCUGCCCCCUAUUAAGAGUGAAUUUGGAUGUAGAGAUGAAUGAGAAAGCAUCUUCCAACCUUUUGGAGAUUUUGGCUGGAAGCAACACAGUGAAUUGUUAGUGUACGACUCGCAUACGAUGUUUGCCUUGUUGUAUAAAGGUAGCCGUGUGUGUGUGUGUGUGUAUGUUGUGUGUGUGUGUGUAGUAUAUGCUUUGUUUAUUUUACUAUAUGUAUGUGUUUUCUGAUUUUUAGAUUUUGUAGGGUAAUGGCAUUGUAUAGGGAGAGCUAAAUCUGCAUGGAAGAUGUUUGUGUGAGGGCUGUGGGAUGAACACUGUGCUGCUGGAACAUUCUUUGGUUUAUGUAGCACGGGUGCUGAGUGAUAUGAGGGACAUAUAGUUGUGUCUAGAUAGAUCCAGGCAAUUUUAAAGGAAUACUAUAGUGUAAGGAAUACAAACGUGUAUUUCUGACAGUAUAGUUCUAAAACAACAGUUUAGGCUUAUAACGUAUUAGUGCUCUUGGCUGCAAGUGUGGUUAUACAGUGGACAGUACAUAAACAAUUAUACAAUUUGAUGUAUUUUAUAUCAUGAAAUGUAAAUCCUCUAUCCUUCCCGAGAAUGAGAAAAUAGUUGGAACUGUACUUGUAUGACCGUGUAUUCAGUGCUGCAGUAACCCUGUUGGUAUCCCUAAAACAUGGUGCUUUAGAACAUGUACAGGAAAAAUACAUCAAAGAGAAGAUUGCUUUUUAUUUUUCAAUUUCCCUUGGCCAUUGUGGCAACAGCUGUGUGCUGCUCACCUCCUUUCAUUGUUACAUGUAAGGCAUUUGCUGUUAUGUUACAGCUACAAUGCCUUUUGUGCCCUGGCCUUUAAUUCUUCUGGGUCUCAACUCCGCCUACUAUCCCUCCUCCCCGUUUUAUGGACAAUAAUACAUGCUCAGGUUUCUUUCAUAAUAUUGUAUGUCACCAUAGAUGCCACUACAAGAGCCCUGCAUUUACCUUUUCCAGGCUCAUCAAUCCUAUUCCAGGUCUUCUUUAUUUCUGUCCCUAAAUUGUCUGCUACAAGUUCAACUCUUGUGUCACUGAUCAGUCCACAAAAUGUCUGAUCUGCAUUGGUUAAUGGAAAUUUUUAUUAUCACUUGAUCUGGGAGGCAGUCAACAGUAAGGACACAUCCUGAUUUGCGUUGGCUGAUGAACGCAUUACCCUUCAAUUUUUCUAUGUCCAAGUCUCUGCUGCCUCUUUCUGUCACAGCUGACUUGCUUCUUGUAGAUUCUGAGCGGCUAAGUCCAACUGAGGUGCAAACUGUUCAGCCAUAGUCUGAUUGUGUUUAUUUGAUGAACAUAGCUUACAUACAAAUCUCACCAGACCCUGUUGUCACAUAUAAGCGGGCAUUUUAAUUGGCACACCUGCUGGCUUGCUAAGAGUUGUGUGUGUUGUUCACUACAGCCGGAGUGCCCAACACUGCCUAUUAAUAAUACGACAUAUUUAUAAUCUUCCGCUCUCAGACAUGCUGUAUCAUAUUUACAGUUGUAUGCACGAGAUAGUGUAGAUCCCAAGAGACUGCAGGAUCCUUUGUGAAUUUUCCUUGCACAUGCACAAUAAGAUGCCAUGUGUUGUACAUUGUGUGAGAAGUUCUUUAUUCCCAUUGGCAAGAUGCAUGAAGUUAGAGCAAGCUCUGCUUUUAGACACAUUUUUCAAAAAGAUCUGCAUGCUACUACUUUUGUCUUAUGAUCCAUUUUGAUUGUGCUGGAAUUUCACUGAAAUUCCAACACAAUAUACGUAAUUUUUUAAAAUUUGUUUUCAGAACGAUUUUACAUAAAACUUAAUGACAUUACUUUCAUUGACAGUCUUGCGGUGUUUGUAUAAGGUGUGUGCACACUGAUCUACAUUUUUUAUUCAGCUUUAAAAAAAAAAAAAAAGUCUGAUCGUGAGUUCUGUUUACAUUUGUAUCUGCACAAUGAUCUUCUAUACCCCGUCUUAGUUUUUUUUUUUUUUAAGUGUUUGAAAUGAAAGGCAAGUUUCUAAAGUAGAUGGAAGAUUCCAUGCUGUGUGAAGUUUUGUACAGCACCAAUUCCUACUCCCCCCUCCUCUCACUCCAUUACACUUGCUGUUCUUAUUCCCUGUAGAUCGACAGAAGAAUAUUGGCAUUCAUCGAGAGAAAGCAAGCAGAGAUCAAUGAAAACAACGUCCGGGAGUUCUGCAAUGUUAUUGAUUGUAAUCAAGGUAAAUGCAGUUAGACUUGCGCCAUUACUCAGCUAGCUCUGUCAGACACGGGUAGAAAUCUGUGCUCUCAGUCUCUUUUACUUGGAUUCAUGCUGUAUAGAAUAGUAAGUUAGGUUAAAUUAUUUAUAGAAGACCUGCUUACCUUUCAUUUAUACAGUGUUUAACUUGGAUUUGUGUAGAGAUUGUAAUAAAGGUUAUAUUACAUCUAGGCAUGUAGCAAUUAACAGCAACAAUAGUUUGUGUGAGUAGGCUUGCUAGUGGCAUAGAUUCAUACAUUGAUGCUGUAUUUAGGAUUUAUAAUUAGGUUUCAAAGUAAUACGUAACUUUUUUCUUAAUUUUUUUCCUUAGAGAAAUAGAUAUUAAAUAUGCAGUGCUUUAGACUUAAUUGGGAAAACAUGUACUGUUUUCGAUGCUUUCUGUUGCAUUUUCUGUCUAGAAUUUGAAUGUUAGCACCUGAAUAAUGCAGAUAGAUGCAGUCCGCAGCACCCACUUACUAUCUACUACAGUAAUAGUCUAAUGAUUGCACGUAAAAAGGUGUUUGCUGCAGUAGCAACGUGAAAUAGUGGCUUUUCCUUCCUUGUCUUACACUAUUCUAGUGGUAUCUGAAUUCACUUUUGUUUCUAUUAACUCCUUAAGAACACAUGGUGGAAAUUUUCCAUCAUGCUGGCCUUUUGCUUCUUAAGCUGUGUUUUUAAGGGGGUUAAAUAGGAAUAACCUGAAAUAAAUGUGUGUUAAUUGAGGUUUGUUUUUUUCCCUUUGAGCUGUAUGUAGUAUGGAAUUACAUUACAGUAGUUUGUCUGUACAAAUAUAUGUAGUUCCCUUAGCAUUAUUCUAUCCGGUUCCAUUUGUGUGAUGUGGCAGCAAACUCUUUAAGAUUUACUUACUUGAAAGUGUAUCAUUAGCAAGGUUACACUCUGCUACAAUGCUAAUGUGCCGUAGAAGUAAUUGUAGUCAUUAUUUUUAUUGUUCGAACCUUAGAAAUAUAAAUUACUCUUGUAUUAAACAUCUCUACAGAGAACAGCUGUGCCAGAACAGAUGCAGUUUUUACCCCAUACCCUGGAUUCAAGAGUCACAUUAAAGGUAUUUGAAUAGUGUCAACUUUUAGCUUGUUGAAUAGACAAAAAUGUGGCAGGCGAUGAGCGGACACCAAACCAUGGUAACAAGAAAAGUAUUUUGCUCACGCCGAACUUCCAGUUUGUAUCUUAAAGCACAAGCUGUAUUCUCAGCUUUGUUUUCUGGUCUGGACAGUAGCGUGUGUUUAAGCUUUGUUAAACCCCCAACAGUCUUUGGCAAGUCUGCUUGGAGACUACUGCAUGUAUCUACAACAUAUAUGAUAAAUUAUUGAUCUUUAAACUCUAUGUCCCCUUAAUUGUGUUCUUAUCUUAAAACAUAUUAUAAGAGUAAUAUAUUUAAAGAACACAAAAUAAGUGGUGUAUGUCUGUGAAACAUAAAGGCUUUGAUGCAGUGCUUAAAGGGACUCUCCAGAAUCCUGCAGUGCCCACCCCCCAUCCCAUGUUGCUGAAGGGGUUAAAACCCCUUCAGGGACUUUCCUGAAUUCAGCGCCGAUGUCCUUUGACGCUGGGUCAGGCUUCGCCCAUGCUUCUCCCCCACUGAAGUCAGCCGGCGGGGGAGACCUAAUGUGCGCAUGCGUGGCAAUGGCGCGUGCACAUUAGACCUCCCCAUAGGAAAGCAUUAUUCAAUGCUUUCCUAUGGGGAGUCCGACGGCGCUGGAGGUCCUCAUGCAUAGCGGAAGGACGUCCAGCGUCGUUUAAAACGCUUUUCGUGACAGCCAUUAGAGGAGGACUUAACCCUGCAAGGUAAUUAUUGCAGUUUAUAAAAAAAUGCAAUAGUUACACUGGCAGGGUUAAGGGCGAUGGGAGUUGGCACCCAGACCACUACAAUGGGCAGAAGUGGUCUGGGUGCCUGGAGUGUCCCUUUAAAUGCUCUUUGACAUCAUUAUGGCUGCAAUAGAGAAAUAAAAAAACUGUUAAUAUUAAAAAGCAGAAUAGUGUAUGUCUGCCUGUUCACAUUCUCAAAAACACAGAAUAUGUUCCAUGUUAGCUGCACAUUAGGAGAGAACUUUUUUCCUCGGGCAAAAUAUCCUGCAUUGUGGCCACCGAGAAAUUGGAAUCCUUCCCACCAAAAAGAGAGAAGGUUAAUAAUACCUGGUGAAAGUCUGAGGAGACAGUAUAGCAUUUUCUUUUAUUGUAUGUUUUAUCUUUAAAUCAUGUGGACAUCACCGUACAUUUCCAAUGUUAAAAGAAAGCUGUGGCCAGCAUUCAGAGUGAUUUGUUUAGGCCAAAAUCUCAGGAAUUGGAAACGUUCCUCAAGUUUCUUUUGUUUUGUUAUUUUGGCUUAAGAUCUGAAUUGGAUUCUCAAAAAUGUACAUUUAAGCAAGUAAUCCCUGCAAGUGUUAUUUAAUGUGUGGAUAUUAUAAUAAGAGACCAUAAUUACUUUAUUUAUAAAAUUGAUGACUGAAAUUGACAUGUAUUACAAUAUACCAAUAGGAACCGCACUCAAUCCACAUAAGUCAAGGGUCCUAAACUAGACCAUAGGCCAGCACAAUCCCAACAAUUUUAAAUACCGAUAAUAGAGAAGAGCUUCGGGCACAUUUAUUAGAACAAAAGGAACACUGCAACGUUUCAACCCAAAAUAGGGUCUUUGUCAAGCUUGAAACACUGCAAUCCUGGGUCGAAACACUGCCGUGUUCCUUUUGUUCUAAUAAAUGUGCCUGAAGCUAUUGGAGUGCUUGGACCUCUUUUCUAUUACCUGAAAUUGACAUAUGAACAGCUUAAAAUGUUGUCCCCACUGCGAGAAUAUGAAAGUAAAUCUGGUUCUUGAUCUUCUCUAAGUCUCCAGGGUUGUAAAUACAUACGGACCUCAAACCAGAAACGAUGGUACAACAGGAUCCAGCUCAAGAACUAAUCCACUUCAGCACGAAUGCAGUAAUCAAGCUGUGGAUGAAAGACUUCAGAAUAUUGAAUGCCACCUACGAUUAAAGCCUGGUAAUGUAUUUAACAGACCAGCAUUCUUCAAAUCUUUUGGGAUGUAUAGUAUGGUUUUAACAUUCAAAACGGUAACACUGUUACUUGUUUUUCUCAUAUGACCAGGAGCCAUUUUGUGCACAAUAUCUUCUCUAGACACCGCUAAUAAAACUAAAAGUUACAGGAAAGAUCUGAAAAGCAUAACAUAUCCCCACCAAAUAUAAAAGCAGUAUUUUGGGAUUUUCAGUCUGCUUGGCAAAUUUUCAUAUACUCUAGGAGCAAAGGACAAAAUUUAGAGGGAUAGAGUAAAAGAUUGACAAAUGCCAUAGAAUAGCUGCAAUAAAGCCUGCAUCUCGGCAUCCGGGAGGGAAAAGAGUUCCCAAGCAAGGCAUGUCUUUUAGAAGAGUGGACGCGAGGUAGGUGGGUACACACUUAAACCCUGCAUCGGCCCUGGAGAGGAGGUUUAAGUUUUAAGAAAUAAACUAUAUCAUAUUUCUGAUAAAUUACAUAUGAUCACUUUCAUUCAAGAACUCGUUAAGGUUAUAUUUAGCGUUUUAUUUAGGGCUAGAAUAAGAUUUGGGUUUAGAUUUACCUCAACCCCAAAUGUUCAUCAUCCUUUUGUUUGGCUGCUUCCCUGGUUAUUGUAUGGGAGUGGGCUGACUGUGUGCUUCAGAUGCAGAGCAGCUUAUAUUCAGACUAGAGUACAUGGAAGAUAUGAUGCUGUAUCACAUCCUCUCGUCCUUCCUCGUCAGUACACCAUGAGAGCAUGCAAGCAUAGCAACGAGUUCUGCUUUGAAUAAAAUAAAUAUAAGGGGUCCAGGCGGUGUAUCACAAUCUGUUUGAGAUACAUUUGGUAAGAAGGUGCUGAUAGAGUACAUGUUGGUCAAAACACUGAAAUCAGAAGUACUUUGAAUAAUCCAUAAUUAGUGAUACUUUUUUGAGCAAUAUAGAAUAAUCGGUAAUAGCGAUACUUUAAGCUAGAUCACAGCAGCCAUGUUUCCUAACACAAGUGGUAUGUGGUAAAUUGCUAUAAAGUAUUGUAGAAACUGCAUGAUCAUUAUCCACUAGAUACUAGUUUAAUACCAUAAAACAACUGCCUUCACACAAAUAAAGCACUUCAGUUUGGUGAAGCCUCUCACAUUUGUGACCGUUUAUAAAACUCUUAUAUUUGGGGGCAGAAACACCUCCUUGGCUUUCUUCCUUAUCCGUUAGCUCCAUCUGCCUUCCUGCUUCUCAUUGAGAAGUAGUCGAAAGCCAAGAGUGCAUGUGCGUGGAGUGAUCCUUUACUUGACUGAUACUAUUAUACGAUUACAAGUUAUGGCUAAAAACCACUUCCAUUCUGCUGAAAAAGCAAAUCUGUUGAUGGAUGUCGUCUACAUCUCACAAUCCAAUACACUGUAUGGUCAGUGACAAUCAAUAUCCACAUAUAACAGGGAUAGUGUAUUGAGGAGUGUCAAUAUUUUUAUACGUAGAGUUUCAUGUUAUCUUUUUAUUUUAGGGGGUCCAGUGCCAACAGAUAUUUAUCAGAGGAUUAAAAAGCUAGAGGACAAAAUCCUGGAGUUAGAAGGCAUUUCACCAGAGUACUUUCAGUCUAUGGUGAGUAACGUAUAUAUUACAUAUUCUGUUGCCUCCUCUUUAUCAGUAAACUGCAAUCAUUUUCAGAGACAAACUGUCGGGACGUGAUGUUCCAUUUCUUGCGGCUCUUAGAGAAGAAAUUGUUAGUUGAUGUUGCUUGUAAUGAAUUUGAGCCUUGUAGGAAUCUGCAUCUCGAGCAAUGUGAUCUUUUAUAAUAUGAUUGUGUAUUCUAAGAUUGCAUAUUAUUCUCAAAGUAAAUUAAAGCAUUUAAAAAAAAAUAGUUGACAGUCCAUUCCUAAAGAACGUUUUUUUAAAAUACUUUAUUAGAACAGCAGCAAACCAGUAUUGCUAAAGAGCCACGGGUACAGUUUACCAUGUCAGUUGGUUCUGUAUAAGCACAAUGCAGAAACAGAAGGAGGGGAAUUACAAACCACAACUAUUUAUAUUAGAUGGAUUUGGCUUUCGUUUGUUCUUUACAAAUACCACAUUUUUUUGAGGGGAAAAAUAAUUACCAUUAAUAAUUUUUAAUUUUUUUUAACUGUUUUUUUUCUUGUUUACAAUAUUUAAUCGUUGCUGUCCCUUUAACCGCUUAAUACACAAACACAGCUUCAGUUUUCUUGUUACCUUGCUUCUAUUGUUUGCUCCUCUCUUUCAGAAUCUGUUCUUCUCUUCAUUUCUGAUCUAUUUCUCUUUAAAACAUAAGACAAAGUAGGGUUUCUUUUGUUAAUAUCAUGUGUUCUACUGUAAUAAAAUUAGCUUAACUGUACUUGACAACAUCUGCUGAGUACAACAAUACACCAUAUUUAUAUUACUUUUUAUUAAAAAAAAAAAAAGUAAUAUCCUUAAUCCAAAACCCGUAUCUUUAACCUCACCCAACUCCUAACCAGAACAUUAAUCCUAAACCUGGAAAUAUUUUUGGAAUGAUUUCCACUGCUCAUUUCAGCAUAGGUAUUCACUUGUUAUCCCUAAUCUGAACCCUAAUCCUAGAGGGAAUCCCUCUGCUAAUAUCAGUACGGUUAUUAGCAAAGUGCACGCUAAGCUAAAACCGUACAGAGCAGUAUGUUGCCACCAUCUGCUGGCUGUUUUUAAUAUGACAGGCAGAUACCUGUUAUACGUAACACUAUCACGCACAUUAUAUUUUGAUCGGUGCUGGCAAUCAAAUGGCAGUGUUUGGCAUCUCCCAAACACAGGCUUUACACAGAGAAUCAUCAUAGCUGAGCGCGAUUGCUCACCUGCAGUGUUCUCAAUAGAUUUAAAGGGCUGUUUAAUAAGCUGUAUGCAGCACUAACAAUCAGGCUGGGUCCUUAAAAAUGGACCCAUCUGACAGAGGGAAGCUUCAGGUAUUUAACCCAGCUCACAACCCAUUUAAAUGUCUGUAUACAUCACUCACUCUAAGCAUGGCAGUCAGAGCAACAAUCCACUAAUUCUGUCCCCAGCUAAGAGAGGAGAGCCCUGGGUAUCGGGUUAUACCCAGGGUUCCCAUCGGUAAAAUACUGCAUGACAGAGUUAUUCCAUCAUUGGUCCUUAAGGAAAGAAUGAUGAAAUAAUUCUGCCAUGCAUCGGUUAGGGAUUCAUUUGUAGAAGCGCUUCUGGGUCGCUUAGCUGAUGCUGGACGUCCUCACCCUGUGGAUGAGGACGUCUGCUUAAACCCCAUAUCAAAGUAUUGAUGAAAUGCUUCUAUAUGGAGUUGUCCUAAUGCGAUUGCAACGCUUGCCAUGCUGGCGAGUUAGGUCUCCCUGCCAGCUGAUGUAGGCGGAGGUGGUACUGACCCAGUGCUGACUGACAUCGGCUCUGGAUUCAGGUUAGUAAAUUAAGGGAUUUGGCGCAGUGCAGGGGUGGGAGCACGGAGCACUAUAGUGCUAGGAAUACAAUUUUGUAUCCUAGCAUAUAGUUUCCCUUUAAGCUGUGCAUGGUUAUUUGUGUUUGUGAAUGAGACCAGUUAUAUCUUCUAGGCAAUACUAUCAGUAAGUGAAGAAUAUGUGUAAAGUGACCUCUUAGUACAAAAUAAAAAUGUAUACAAGAUCACUGCUCUUAAUGGAACACUCCUCUGCCCAAAUGGGCACAAACAAAAUGACUAUUUGGUAGAUACACCUCCAGUGAAUGCAUGCAUCUUCUGACAUGCUCUCUCCACCAGAGUUCUGGAUAGAGGUCUACUCAGGUGUGCUUAAGUAGAGCACACUUGUCACGUCCGUUAGGAAGCAUUUAGAAACCUACCUGGCUGUUUAAUUAUAAAAGUGCAGAAUUAAGUAUUUUAUGGGGGUGGAGUGGUGGUUUAACGCGACAAGGCUGUGGGAUGACACAAACCGAUUCCCUAAAUUAGUAUGAUAGUAGCUAUGUUUUCUGUCUGGCUACUUUGGCCUUAAAUUUGAAAUUUACUUUGAAUUCUGACAGUUCUCACCGAAGUGCAUACCCCUUCAGUCCACUAAUAAAUGAUAUUACACAACACAUUAGAUUGUUUCCAAAAGUUAUGUCAAAGAGGCAAAACUCAUAGAAUAUUCAAACAUUGUCUGUUUUUUUGUUUUUUAUAGGAUGUCCCUAAUAAAAGGAAAAAGUCUCAGACAGCACAGGUAAGGACUAACUACAAUUUCUGCUCAAUUAUGUAAUUUGUGAUUUUAGGUUUUCAAAUUAUUUUUACAGAAUUUAGAAAAACCUAUAAAAGAAAUACUAAAUGGUAAUUUAAAUAUUAGCAUACAGGACAUUUUGAAUGCAAGUGAGAUUUAAAUGUAAUAUCAGAAUCUGUAUGUUAUUGGACUUUCUAUGUUAUUAGACAAAGCAGAAGUGAAGGCUUCUCAUAGAGAUGCAUUGCAUUGGUCUUUGAGAUCCUUGUUAGCAAGGAUCUACCAUGGGUGGAACAGAGCUAGAACACCUUCUAAAUGCUGGUUUAUUUCUAAUGCUGGUGUACUGCAUAAUCUAGUUCGAUUUCAGACCCAUGCUGUUCACUUAAAAUUAAUAGGGAACACAUUUGAAAAAAGUACACAAAAGACUAAAAAAUGUCUAGAGCACAUGCCUGCCUUUAUAACAUACAACUCUGUUACUGUGAAAUACACUUAGUCAUUGUGAAGGAUGGGCCUUCGCGACUUUAUUUACUAAAUUGUGAUUGUUAGACAAUCUGUUACAAGCUCAAAAAUUGAGGAAAACAAAAGCAGAAAAAAAUAGAAAAAUCAUUUUGGGUUGCCAAAAAAAGGAAUAACUGAUAACCCAGUCCACGAUGUAGACUAAUCAUCCAAACCAAUCUAUACACAUGUGUAUGUAACUUUGCAAUAUAGUUCAACCAAUACUAUAAGGUCAGGAACACAAACGUGUGUUACUCACCCUAUAGUGUAAAAACCACCAUUUAUGUGACUUGCUUCCCCCCCCCCCUUAAAAGGUAAGAGAACCACAUAGUUCUGCUGACCCUGACACCAAUCAGCCUCCUUGAUUGAUAUUAUCAGAAUUGAUGAUCUCAGCCAAUCCAGUGCUUUCCAUAGGAAGAGCAUUGGAUUAGCUGAAAUCAUCAAGGAGGAGUGGCUGGAGCCAAUCAGCAUCUCCUCAUACAGAUGCAUUGAAACAAUGCAUUUCUUUGGGAAAAGUUCAGCGUCUCCAGACAGAGCGUGGAGAUACUGAACGUCAGUCCUGUACACUGUGCAGCACUGAACCAGGAAGCACCUCUAGUGGCCAUCUGAGGAGUUCUGUUUACAUUAAAAAGCCUACAGGGACAUGCUCUACCCACCAGAACAACUACAUUAAGCUGUAGUUGUUCUGGUGACUAUAGUGUCCUUUUAAGUAGUAGACUUCACAUAUUCUCACAAGUAGAGCAAAUAAGUGCUUAUUCUCAGCUUUUUAUGCUGUGCCCCAGUGAGGCAUAGGGCUUUUGGGUCCAAUCCCAGAGCUUAAGAACCUCUCGCACAUGCUGUUUUACAUGAUUGUACUAUGCUAUUGUUGUUGAAGAAUACUACUAAGUAGCUGUCAUAUUCCAUAUUUUCAGAAUUAUUCCUUGUCAGAACUUGAUCAGAAGAUUAAUGCAUUGAGGCAUUCUUUACUGCAGAAGAGCAAAAGAGGAAUCGGCUCAGAAGCACACAGUAUACCCUCAUGACCAUUGCAACAAAUCUUGUUUGAUAAGCAAUAGCUCAGAUAUAAAAAUCUGGUUAAACAAGCCAGAUUGUUAUUAUAAGUACUUUAUUAUGUCUGUGCUUCAAUAUAACAAGUCAAGUUAUAUAUUGAUACCAACCAUUGAACUAAAGGACGAUCAAUCUAUGGCUUUCCUGCUAUAACUAGACUAGCAAUCAUUCUUGGCCGUCUCAUGCUAGUUACAGAGCAAGGAAAUUGUAAUCACUGACAGUGAGAAAAGCAGCUUGAGGCCAUGGUUGUUGGAGAACCCUGGUAUGAGGUAGAACCAGUACAGUAUUAAAUAUCCUUUGUCUUUCUCUCUUCAUAAUGUCCAUAGCCUUUACUUUUCAUUUUUUAUUGAGCUGUAACUGAAGUUGUCCUCUAUCUUUACUGCCAUUUUUUAAAUUCCAUAUAACGGUGAACCGUGUCGUAUGUAAUCUGUCCUCUCACUAGAGGGAUGACAAAUUAGUCUAGAAAGAAGCUGCUGUCAUUACUUAAAUAAAGGUUGCAAGGACUCCAAGGAUUGCUUCAGAACACUAAGCUGCUUGAAGUCCUCACAUUUUUGUUAACCUCUUGGUUUUUACCCUUAUAGCCACUAAUGUCAUACCGAAGCUGUGCAUGUUUGUGCUGAUAAAAUACUUGGAAACACUAAAACUAAACAGCACCUACCAGUUGUGGAAGGAAUCCGGGUCAGCCCAGACCUGUACACAUUCAGAAGUAAUAAAACAAAUUCCAGCACAUCCUUAUGAAGCACUGUCCCUUUAUUUAGGUGAACAAAGACUACAUUUGGACUGUUUGCAAUGGUCUUUAUCAAGUUUAAUGAAGACUGUUGCACUUGUAUACUUUUGGAACCUAAAUAAAGGGACAUUGCUUCAUAAGGAUGUGCUAGAACUUAUUGUUUUAUUACUUCUGGAUACUAUUCUUGGGACUACUCACUGGGGAAAGCUGCUUUUCCUUGUAUAAUAAGUAAAAAGGACGGUGAAGCACAGGUGAAAUAGUUAAAGGUCGAAGUCACAAAACCGGGUCUGUUUCCUAGUACCGUAAUCACUCCAAUAGGCUGUGGUGCUUAUAUUGCUUCCAAGAUGUGAAUCCAUGAACGUAUACCACAUUUUUCUAGUUUGUCUGCUUUGUUUGUAUCUUGUAAAGCUUUGUAAGUUUUAGACCUGGUAUGGAAACCAUGAAGGCUAGACAUGGACGCUCCAUGUUUUAUAUAUAAUUAGAUGCUUAACGGUUAGGUUAAUGUAUGUUUUUGCACGUAUUUCUCAAAACCAUGUUAAAAAUUAAAAUAAAUCAUUAAUAAAAAGAAUAAACAUGUAUUAAGACC